GUGAGACACAAAUCUACGGUUCAGGCUCAGUGUUGGUGCCCAGGAUUCAGUGAACAUCCGGCUAGAUAACUGCAUCAUCUAACCAUGCCCAAAUCAAAAGAGGUGCUGUCCUCCACGUCAGGCACUGACUCUGAGAGUGACGCCGAAACAAAGGCCAAGAGGAAGAAGACAAGCAAAGUGGAGAAACCUGCUAAAAAACAGAAGGGCGGAGAGAGCUCCAAGCCAAGUGGCUCCUCUAAGAGUGAUAAUAAUGCUGGUGACAACAUGUUUCAGAUUGGGAAGAUGCGAUAUGUCAGUGUCAGGGAUUUCAAAGGAAAGGUGUUGAUUGAUGUUAGGGAAUACUGGAUGGACCAAGCAGGUGAAAUGAAGCCAGGCAAAAAAGGUAUCUCGCUGAACCCAGAGCAGUGGAACCAGCUGAAGGAACAAAUGUCGGACAUUGAUGACGCAAUAAGAAGAUUAUAAAAUUUGUCUGUGUUUCGGUGGGAGGGCUGGGUGGGGUAGAGUGUUUUUAGAGUUCCUGUUCUUUUGGCAUCUGGACACUGGGUGAAAAAAAAUAUCGUGUUGUUUUAUCUUCUACUUAUAUGUUGUUGGGUAUGCACCAAUCCCUUUUUUUUUCCUUUCCAUUUUUGACAUGAUCUCAAUAUGAGCUUCAUAGUAUCAGACAAUACCUAAUGACCGCCACUAAGCCGAGUUUUUGCAAGCUUCUGUUCCCAAGUUAUGCAAGACACUAGAGACCUGUUGAUUUUUGUGUGUGAAAUCUGUGUGCCAGUCAGUGUAACAAGCCUUCAUGGCAUAGAAUACGUCAGUAGAUCAGACUGGAAGAUGUCGGAUCCAAUGCCAGUGUUUCAAGCCAGUAUGGGACCGAUAACAUUACUCUGUAUUGGGUUGGUGUAUCCCUGGUGGUUGCAGUUUAGUUGAAGUAGAGUGUUUUUUUUUUCUCUUUUUUUUUUUUUUUUUCUUUCUUUGGUGACACAUAUAUAUCUCGUUUAAACCUGCUGCUUGUUGUUUUGUAAUAGAUGGUUGAAAAGUCCACAACGGAUAAACACUGCUUUGGGAAUAAACUUGUCACACUGUUCGUUAUACGUGGUAUGUGUAAUAAAGGGUACAUCAUA